GGGAGGGAGGCAGGCAGGGCUGGCUGGAGAGGACAAAUGUUCUUAGCAAAGAAGUAGAAGUCAGCUGAAAGUGAGCUCAGAUACAGCCAAAGUCCAGAAAGAGAAGUGACAAAGCAGCAUCAUUGAGAUGUGGGGGAUACUUGAGAUUUCAAUAGCUCUGCUUGUUUUGCUCCUGAUCAUGCUGUUUCUGAAGUUGCAAUGGACAUGUAGAUGGCUUCCUCCAGGACCAACUCCCCUCCCCAUUAUUGGAAACUUGUGGCUGCUGGACUUUAAACUGCAGCGGGAGACUCUUGUGAAGUUAACCAACAUCUAUGGAAACAUCUACACAGUGUGGAUGGGACAGACACCUCUAAUUGUACUGAAUGGCUACAGAGCUGUAAAGGAUGGCCUUAUCUCCCAUUCAGAAGAGACUUCUGGACGGCCUCUUACCCCUUUCUUUAGGGACCUGAUGGGUGAAAAAGGCAUUUUCCUAACAAGUGGUCACACCUGGAAGCAGCAAAGACGUUUUGUCAUGACGAUCCUAAGGAGCCUGGUACUUGGUAAGAACAGUCUGGAACGUCGAAUACAAGAGGAGGCCCAUCAUCUGAUAGAGGACUUUGCAAAUGAGAACGGGAAACCCUUUGAUCCCCACACGCCCGUUGUCCAUGGUAUCGCAAAUGUGAUUUGUGCUGUGGUUUUUGGACAUCGCUUCUCCAGUGAGGAUGAAUCCUUCAACCGGCUGAUCAAAGCCAUUUAUUUUAUCAUCUACUUUCAGGCAACUAACUGGGGCAGGAUGUAUGAUGCUUUCCCCUGGUUCAUGCAUCGCUUCCCAGGACCUCACCAGCAAGCGUUUGCAUACAGUGAUUUUAUGCACAGUUUAGUUAUGAAUGAGGUCCAAAGUCACAAGGAGAAAUGGAAAGGAGAUGAUCCACAGGAUCUCAUUGACUUCUACUUGGCUCACAUAGCAAAAAACAAAAAUGACCCUACCUCCACAUUUAAUGAAGAUAACAUGGUUCAAACUACGGUCGAUCUUUUGUUGGGAGGCACAGAAACUACAACUGCCACCCUGUACUGGGCACUGCUCUACAUGGUACAAUACCCAGAUAUCCAAGGAAAAGUCCAGAAAGAGCUAGAGGCUGUUCUGGAGCCCUCCCAAGUAAUAUACUACAAGGACAGGAAAAAUCUGCCUUACACAAAUGCUGUGAUUCAUGAGAUCUUACGCCAUAGCAACAUUACUGCUGUUGGGGCCCCCAGACAGUGCGUGAAGGAUGCCACAGUGCUGGGGUAUCACAUUGAAAAGGGUACAAUUGUGUUGCCAAACUUGCAUUCUGUUGUAUACGACCCUGAGUACUGGGAAACCCCUUGGAAAUUCAACCCAAAUCACUUUCUUGAUUCAGAUGGCAAGUUUGUGAACAAUGAAGCAUUCUUACCAUUCUCAGCAGGGCAUCGUGUAUGCUUGGGGGAACAGAUGGCAAGAAUUGAGCUCUUCAUCUUCUUCGCCAACCUGCUGAGGGCAUUCACAUUCCACCUUCCUGACGGAGUGAAAAAAAUUAAUUUGGGCUAUAUUUUAGGAGCUAUAUUGAAGCCACAUCCAUAUAGGCUCCGCGCUAUUCGACGCUAGUCUACCAUAUACCACAACACUGAGGUGCUUCUUUCAUACGUAUAAAAAACUAUUGCAAGUGUAUUCAGACAUAUGGUAAUAACUAGUGGAAAGAGUAAUCGAAACCAUCUGUACAAAAAAUAGCAUUUCAGCAACCAAGAUUUUAAACAAGAGAUCUGUGAAUUGUCAUGCAACACGUACUGUGGAAAUCCAUUCACUAAGACGUUAGACCAGGGGCGGGCAAUUAUUUCAGCUGCAGGGCUGCAUAAUGAGUUUUGGUGAGCUGUCAAGGGCCACAAGGGUAGCCACCAUGGGACAAUGCCUGGGCCAGGCGGGACUCAGGAACCCCCCACAGGCCGGCCAAAGCCCCUCGGUGGGCCAGAUCCAGCCUGCAAGCCAAAUUUUGCCCACCUCUGUGUUAGACGAUGUUAAGAAUGGGACAAAGGUAGCAGAAAAUGAAAUGACAUCAAGCAAAUCAGUUAUUCAACCCCAGUACCACUGCACAAUACUCCAGAUGCAAUAAUUUGAAACUUUAGUGUGAUGUGAUCCAGGCUCUCAGAAUUAUUUUUUCCUUCACAGGCUUUUUGCCUUUUUCCAGAAGUUAGGUUCACUGGCCUGUAGCUCCCAGCAUCCCCUCUACAGCCUUUUUUAAAUAUGGGAGUUACACCCUCCAGUCCUCUGGUACCAAGGCUUUUAGUGACAGGAUGCACACUGCAGUUAGGAGUCCGGCAAUUUCCAAUCUGAGCUCCUUCAGGUGACUGCCAUCAGGUCCUGAUGAUAUGCUACUGUUGACUUGAUCAGUUGCUUCUAUGGCCUCAUCUAUUGACCCCUCCACGUAGGUCCACUCCAUUCCCUUGUCUCUGGAGAGGACUGGAUCUGGUGAAGGGACCGUCUAAUAUCUUCCAGUGAAGACAGAUACAAAGAAUGCAUUUAGUUUCUGAGCAAUUGCCCCCUCAUCCUUUAGCACCCUUUUCACACCCUGAUCAUCCAAAGACUCACCUGGCUCCCUGGCAGGUCUUUGGCUUCUAAUGUACUUAGAGAAAUGUUUAGUGUCAUCUUUUACAUCUCUAGCAAGUUUCUCCUCAAAUUCUCUUAGUUUGUCUUAUUAGUUUUACAUUGCUUUGCCAAUGUUUAUGUUCUUUUUUAUUUUCCUUAUUAGGAUUUGACCACCACUUUUUGAAAGAAGCCUUUCUCCUGUUUACUGCCUCUGUAAUUCUGCCAUUAAACCAUGCUGGCUUUCUCUUG